AUGGACAUUGGAGUUCCGAGUGUUAGGAAUUUAUUCAGGAUUAAGCGGGAGAGGGCGUUGUUGUGGAUUGCGAUUGGGAUUACCAGUAUUCCGUUGCAUCUGCU